CUCGUUUCUCAAAACCCUCGCUUGCUGUUCUUCUUCGCAGCGCAGCCUACAACCUCAAGGAAAAAGAAGAAGAAGAGCCCGCCGCUUUUCUCCGGCAGCUUAGAAGAAGAACUCAAGUCUCAAAACCUUUAAACCUGGUUUAAUCGCCUAAUUAGCCACUUCUUCGCUGAACCAGCACCAAGCAAGAGAAAUUAUCUACCCGAAAAUUAGCCUUAUGGGUGUUGAAUUAGCUCAUCAAUUCAACGUUGAGGUUCAGGAGAUGGAGGAUGUUAAUUUCACUGAUUCUGAGCUUGUUUAUCAUGUCAGAGAUGCUCUUAUUUCCGUUCAAUCGGACUUCUCAACCCAUAAACCAAACCGAAAUAAGAUUAUCUUUUUCGGUUUGGCUUCAGUUUUGGUAUGUCUUGAAGAACAGUUCGGUUCCAGUUCUGAAAUAUAGAGAACCCAUGAAGGUUGGUUUGGUUUUGAAUUCAUCCUGAUCUUAACCAAAACCAACCCUCGAACUCCCUUAUAGUCGGAAGGGAGAUAGUGACAGUUACCACCAGCUUGUUGGAGUAAUGCAUCAUUCACAACGUCUUGCCCCUGAUGAGGUGGCCCUUCUUGUGACUAGCCUAAAGGCGCUAUCUGGGGCAGUUUCUUAUAUAGACAGCAUUCACCACGACUCUCUCCUUAACUCUAUUUUUGGAAUGAGCAUGUGGAACUAUGGAUCUGAUGUGAUGGAUGCAUUGCUAGAAUUAAUUAUUUCCUUGGCUGCUUCAAAUGGAAAAUAUGUUGAUUCAUGCUUGGAUAUGCUUGUGGGAAAUUUUAUGCCACCAAUGUAUUUUAUGGAAGCACUAAAGCAACCUCGUGGUCAAACGAAAAAGGAACAAGUUCUUUCUCGGGUGCAUACAGCUCUGGAAGAUAUUGCUGCUUUGGUACCUAUGGCAGCAUUGAGAUUGUCAUCAAUAGUUGUCCAUAGGAUGCCACCGACCUUUAAGAAGAGUCUUGAGAAGAAUAGACUGAAGUACCGAACUGAGAUCUUUGUGGAGAAUAUGUUGAGAUUGGAGAGUGGUGCAAUUAGGGAAUUUAUUGGGAGCAGGAUGAUCAUGGCAGUGGUUGAUAUGUUGAUAGAGUUGGAUGUGUCUAUUGGUUGGGAUGACAUUUUACGAGAUGACUCUUCUAAAGGCAUCUUUACAAUUGAGCUAGAAGAUGUGGAUGAUAUUGCCUCUGAUGAUGAUGAUGACAAUGAAGAGAAUGAUGAGCUUCCUGCAACUUUGAGUCACAAGAGAUUAGGUAAAAACAUUGUUGCUGAUUUAUUGGAUAGCUUGAUGGUGAAAAUAUUUGAACAUCUCGAAUUUUGUGCAAAUAACAAGCGUUUGAGUGAGGUAUUUGAAACUCUCUUGGAUUCAUUUAUGCUUACCAUCUUGAACACUUACAAGUCAAAAUUUGCUCAGUUUGUCAUGUUCUAUGCUUGUGCACUGGAUCCUGAGAACUGUGGUGAGAAGUUUGCCAAAAUGCUUGUGGAUAGGUUUGUUUAUGGUGAUAACCCGCUUACCAGGAUGAGUGCUGUGGCUUAUCUUGCUAGUUAUUUGGCUCGUGCAAAGUUUCUCUCUGUUGCCUUUGUUUCUACCACGUUGAAAAGGUUGGUCGACUGGUGUUUGGAAUAUUGUAAAAUCCAGGAUGGUGAAAUAAACCCAAAAGCACAUCGAGUUUUCUAUUCUGGAUGCCAGGCCAUCAUGUAUGUCCUUUGCUUUUGUAUGAGGUCAAUAAUGGACGUCCCUUGGCUCAAGUCACAGCUUCUUCUCAUGCCUAUAGAGCAAAUCUUGAAACAUAAAUUGGGCCCCUUGAAGGUGUGCCUGCCAUCUAUAGUAGAAGAGUUUCUUAAACAGGCAAAAGCUGCUCAUUUGUUCACCACAUCUGAAACUUUCAUUUUUGAAGAUUUGCUGGAAUCAGAUUUUUCCAGGGAUUUUGGUGGGCUUGAAAGACUGGAUAUGUUCUUCCCAUUCGACCCAUGUUUAUUGAAAAAAUGUGACAGGAACUUCAUUCGGCCAAACUUCGUGUACUGGAAGAAUGUGAAAACUACUUAUGCCAGUGAUGAUGAAGAAGAAGAUAGCAGUGAUGAAGACAUUAAUGAGGAUUUUGUCCCCAUGAAUGGGGAGAGUUUUAUGGAGGAAGUAGUGGCAAAGAGUGCUGAUGAGCAGCUACUUGAUAUUGAUGAAUUUGACUAUGCAAUGAAUAAAAUGUCAAUCACACCUAAGAAUGGCUUAAAUUUUAGAUUUGGAGGUGAUGUAACAAUGCAAAUGCCCUCAAGAAUUAGACCCUCUACGAGUCCAGAGUCUUUGUGAUACCUUUGCUUAUAGAAAAGUGAUUACUUUUUGUUGCCUUGUUUCUUAGUUAACGCCAUCACUUGUGGAUUGAUGCCGCUGGUCCUUAUUAAAUUUUGCAUUCAGGCUGUUGUAUAACUAAAUUUUGAUUACUUAAAAAUAUUGCUAAUGUAAUUACUGUUGAAAAUUGAAUGCAUCUAAUACAAGAAUGUGAUAUUUAUAUUUC